GUGUGAAAUUAGAUGCGAUUAUGUGUCAAAAUAAAGUUUAACCUCAAUUUUAUUUAGAUUAUGAAAAUAUGUGAACAUUUUUAAAAAUGAUCAUAACGAUAACGAUUUUAACAACUUGUAUUAAAUUGCUUCUAAUUCCAUCCUAUAAAUCGACAGAUUUUGAAGUACACCGAAACUGGCUGGCAAUAACACAUAAUUUGAGCUAUAAAAAAUGGUAUUUCGAAGACACAUCCGAAUGGACCUUAGACUAUCCACCCUUAUUUGCCUGGUUUGAGUAUUUUCUAUCAUUUUUUGCAGUAUUUUUUGAUAGGAAUAUGUUGGUGAUUUCCAACUUAAAUUAUGCUUCAGAUGCAACUGUGGUGUUUCAAAGAUUAUCUGUGAUAUUGACUGAUUUUAUAUAUGUUUAUGGAGUGUACAGAGUUACUAAAUCAUUAAGUAAAAGUUGGAGAAAUGAAGUUGUGUUACCUAUAAUUUUAAUAACAAAUUGUGGACUAAUUAUGUUGGAUCACAUUCAUUUUCAAUAUAAUGGCAUGAUGUAUGGAAUUCUAUUAAUUUCUAUUGCAAAUAUGAUUAAGGAAAAUUAUGUUAGAUCUGCAAUAUGGUUUACUAUUUUACUAAAUUUUAAGCAUAUCUAUAUUUAUUUAGCACCUGCAUACUUUACUUAUUUACUUAGGCAUUAUUGUUUAAAAAACAAAUCUGUUAGUAGUAUAUUAACAUUGCCAGUUAUUAAAAAUAUUAGUACAUUGGGAGCUAUUGUAUUGGGCAUAUUUUUGGUGGUUUUUGCUCCCUUUGCUGACCACAUAGGACAGGUUUUAUCCCGACUUUUUCCAUUUAAAAGAGGCCUUUGCCAUGCAUAUUGGGCACCCAAUGUCUGGGCCUUGUAUAAUACAUUGGACAAAGCUGGUUUUCUUUUAAUGUCAAAUAUAGGCUUAAUGGACAAAGACAAAUCUACAGCAGCAAUGACAGGGGGUUUGGUUCAAGAAUUUUCACAUUCUCUCCUUCCAAAUAUCUACCCGUUGACAACAAUAUUACUUACCAUUAUUUGUAUGCUACCUUUUAUGGUGAAAUUGUUUGUUGAGAAUAAAAGUUCUGCAAAUUUUUUGCGAUGCCUUACGCUAUGUGCCUUAACAUCAUUUCUAUUUGGAUGGCAUGUCCAUGAAAAAGCAAUAUUAAUGGCUAUUAUUCCUUUAAGUAUUUUGUCCAUAAUGGAAGCAAGAGAUGCCAACAUCUUUUUGAUACUCUCAGUAGUAGGUCAUUUCUCCUUAUUUCCACUGCUGUAUCCUGGUUCCUUGCUAAUAAUCAAAGUCAUUCUUCUAUUAUUACAUUCCAUUUACUCUUUCCAUAGUUUAUAUAAAAUGUAUCCCUUAACAAUAUGUAAAUAUUCACUGCCAUUGUUAAAUCAUAUCGAAAGCAUGUACCUGUUAGGCCUAAAUUUGGUGUUUUUAUAUGAAAAUGUUUUACAUCAAUUGCUAGGUUUAAGUAAUAAGUUACCAUUUUUACCACUUAUGAUAACAUCUGUUUAUUGCUCAAUAGGCAUUAUUUAUUGUUGGGUAAAACUGUAUAUUAAUUUUUUUAAGAAAAGUAAUCUUAAUUCAAAAAUAAAAACCAAAGUUAAAUAAAUUCGUUUUUUAUAUUUAUCCGUUAUUUAAUUUUAAUUAUGAGGGUCGUUCAAAGAGUUCUUGGUCUGAAAAAAAUGUUGCUGGUAUACCAAAGUGCUAUUCUAAAUGGAUGGGUUAAAAAAUAAGAGAUUUUUUUGUAUGAUUUUAUUCAUGUUCGUAUAUUACAUAGUCCUUAUGUACACAUACUCCUUUCUAACUGUCUUUCUACAAUAUAUAAUUCAAUAAGAGAA